CCUGUUUCGAGUAUAAAUAGCAAGCGAGAGGAAAGUCAGACUUGUGCUUCAACCAAAACAACACAGCGCAUAUACACAUUCCUUUUUUGAGCCUUCUUUCUCUUGUUUCUUUCUUCUCUUUCUUUCUCUUCUACUUACAGCUUUAUAUACUUUUUCUUUUCUUUUUCUGAAAUGACUUAUCGCGGCAACAACAACUAUAGCGGCGGAGGCGGCGAUGUGGGUGGCUUCCACAUUUCCCAAAACUAUAAUGACAAUGAGGACGAGAUGGGUUCCCGUGGUUAUAACGAUGGUCCCAGAAUCAACCCGGACUACGACCAGCAGGGCGGCACCCUCGGCAACCUCAAUGCUCUGGCCAUCGAUGCCCAGGGCAACACCAUUGGUGGCUUAGACGGCCUCCCAAAUAAUGGCCAGGGCGGCGCCCUCGGCAACACCGGCGGGCUCACCAACAACUCUCGUCCGCCCCAAUACGGCCAGCAGCAGCAGUAUGGGGGCGGAUAUGGUGGUGGCGGAAACCAGCAGCAGCGUCCUAGCAAUAACUCCGCCUAUGGCGGAGGCCCCGGCGGGUUCAGCAAUUCAGGGUAUCAGUCUGGAGAUUCCGGCCAGCAGCGUCCUAAUGAGAACCCCUAUGGCGGCGGAAACUCGGGCAACUCGGGCAACUCAUCACACGGUGCUGGGUAUGGCUCCCAGCGUCCUAGCAAUAGCGACCCUUAUGGCGGAAACGCUUACCAGGGUCAGGGCCAGCAGCAGCAGCAGCAGCGUCCCCAGCAGCAGGGCCAGAGCGGUGGUUACCAGAGCCAGCAAUCCUCCGACUCUCAGGGCGGACCGCAGCAGCGUCCUCAGCAGCAGGGCCAAUAUGGGCAAAGUGUAGGCUACCAGGGUCAGGGCCAGGGCCAGCAGUCGUACAACUCUCAGCAGGGGCAAAACCAGCAGCAGCGGCCUCAACAGCAGGGCCAGGGUGGUGGUUACCAGGGUCAGGGUCAAGGCCAGAAUCAGCAGCAGCGUCCUCAGCAGCAAGUGCCAAGCAACAGCAGCUUCCAGGGUGCAGGCAGCAGCACUUACCAGAGCCAGGGCCAGGGCCAGCAGCAGCAACAGCGUCCCCAGCAGCAAGGCCAGAAUCAGGGCCAGCAGCAGCAGGGCGCGUCUGCAGGUGGUCUUCCCGGUGGUCUUGACUUGGCAUCGCUGGCGCCGUUUUUAAGCGGAAUUCUCGGCGGCGGCGGGAAGUCUAGCGGCGGUAGCGGCGCAAGUGCCGGUGGUCUCGGCGCUCUUGCGGCUCUCGCGCCCAUGGCUAUGGGAUUCCUUGGCGGAGGAGGAGGAGGCAGCAGCGGUGGCGGCCAGAAGGCUAAUAGCAGCGGUGGCGGUCUCGGUGCCCUAGCAGCACUUGCUCCCAUGGCCAUGGGAUUCCUCGGUGGAGGAGGAGGCAGCAGCGGCGGUAACCAGAAGACUAACAGCAGCGGUGGUGGCGGUGGAGACUUCUUCAGCAAGAUCCUUAGCAAUGUCUUUGGAAACCGCACCCGCGAUAUCGGGUCCAUGGGGGGACUGAACAGACAAGACGCACAGCGGUACCACUCUGAGAUUUACCAGCAAACAAACAGCGCCAACCUCUCGGCGUACUCUGAGGAGCAGCUCGGCGCUGCCGCUGCCGUGCAGGCGAUCGGGGAUAUUCAGAGGUCCGGUCAGCUGCAGCAUGGACAGGAGGGCGAGGAGGCGUCGCAGAAGAUCCUGGCCGCGGUUACGGAAGAGGCUAUCGAGUUGUAUGGUCGCCAGCGGGCGCAGGGUGGCGAUGCGGAUAAGGAGGGUUUGGCGACUGCAGCGGUCAAGACUGCGCUUAAGAUUAUGGAGGAUGCGGCCACUGGCAACACGGGUAACAGCGGAAAGCAGCAGCAGCAGCAGCACCAGAGCUACCAGCAGCAUAACUAUUAUGCUGCUGGCGCUGGCGAGAGCCAGAGCUAUGACAACUUCUAAUGCCCUCCUUUUUCACAUUAUGUUUUAAUAAAUCCCCAAAUUGCAGGGGGUAAAACCUUUGAGAUUGUGUUAAUACCUUUUGCCAAAGAUAGAAAAAAGGCAGUACACACAUGUGAGCCAUUCAUAAGCAUCUAGCAGCAGAUUACUAUUAAGUUUUUUUUUUUUUAAAUAUUUGCAGUCUCAUUCUUUUAUUUAGUGUAGUA